CUGCAGUCAGUCAACAUGUCCGCCACAAAUCACCCUGUUAUUCUCAUCUUUGGUGCCGGCGCCAACACUGGUUAUGGCGUCGCAGAAGCCUUUUCUCGAAAGGGGUACAAGGUGGCCAUCGUCUCCCGUGGUGCACUGGCGUCAGUGUUUGAAGGUCGAGACUUCUUGCAUGUCAAAGGCGAUCUGGCGGAUACGUCUUCGGUAGAGGCAGCCUAUAAACGCACUGUAGAUGAGCUUGGAAUUCCUAGCGUCGUUGUCCACAACGCAUAUGCCAGCACCAUGGCGCCAGAUAACGCCGACCCAAUCCAGCUUCCAGCGUCUGGCCUCGCAGCCGACCUAGCCAUCAACACGACAAGCGUACUUCAACUUCUUCAGCUGGCGAUAACAGGCUUUGCGAAACUGUCUGAUUCUGCGUCCCGGACAUUCAUCUACACCGGAAACAAGGCCAACCUUGAGCCCUUCCCUCCAUUUCUGAGUCUCGGCGUUGGCAAAGCAGCCUCUUCGCACAUGAUUUCAUUUGCUGCCAAGGCCUACAGCUCCCGGGGUUACAAGUUUUACUAUGCGGACCAGAGGAAUGAAGAUGGGUCGCCAGUGAUGGCGGCUAUCGACGGGAAAGCCCACGGAGAGUUUUAUACUGAACUCGCUGAGUCCAAGGCUCAGGGUCCAUGGUUGGCUUGUUUUGUAAAGGGCAAGGGUUACGUCAAAUUUGACGAGUAG